UGAAAAACAAACUACUGCUUUACUUCCAGAGUAAAAAGAAAUCGGGUGGAGGAGAAUGCCGGGUGGAGGUGGAGGAGGAGGCGCCCAGAGCCUCCAUCUUCUUCAAAUCAGAGGCGGUCAGAGAGCGAAUCCUUGUAAAGGAACAUCAUGAAAUCAUUGUGGAAAACCAUCCUUUGACAUUGCAGCUGAGUUUUGACCCAGAGGGACGACCCUCACAGACCCCGCUAAACAAAAGGGAUGAUAGCUUAGAUUCUAAUUUGGAUCCAAGGGCUGCUGUUGUAUUGAGCAAUGUCUCAGAAAACCUGUCAAAAGAUCUUCUGCAGAUGUUGGUGGAGAGCAUCUCUGGACUGGAUGAGAAUGACUUCAGUCUGGUGAUGAGGGAAUCCAACAUGGCUGUGGUGACUUUCAUUAACCCUACAGAUGCAGACAAAUUUAUAACCAUGAGCCAGACCAGCACAAAGAUGAAGAGACAAGGAAUAAAGGCUUGGCCAAUAGGGGAAGUGAAGAUGCUCCAAGGGGAGAGUUUUGCUCCAGCUGUCAAAGAUACUAAUUCAGAUCCAAGCACUGCAGUGUUGUUGGAGAAUGUCUCAGAAAACCUGUCAGAAGAUCUUCUGCAGAUGCUAGUGGAGAGGACCUCAGGAUUGGAAGAGAAUGACUUCAGUCUGGUGAUCUUUAAGGAAUCCAAAAUGGCAGUGGUGACAUUCAUUAACCCUACAGAUGCAGAAAAGUUCAUCUCUGUGAGUCAGACAAACUCAAAGAUGAGGAAUCAAGGACUGACAGCUCGGAGACUAGGGGCAGCAAAGAGCAUCAAAAUAGAAUGUGUGCCUCCAACUGUGGUCAAAGACACGAUUGAGCUAUAUUUUGAGAAGAACUGGGAGCUGCCAGAGCACAUACUCAUGAUCCCAAAGGAGCAGGCGGCCAUCGUUACAUUCAAGGACCCUGAAGUUGUAAAACGCAUCUGCAUAAAAGAAGAGCAUGACAUACGUUUCUUCUCUGUCAAGCUGUAUCCAUACUAUGAGGAAUUAGGAACAGCUCUAUAUAGCAAAGGGCAGCAUGUGUGGAAUAUGCCUGAGCCUUUUACUGAGAAGGUUCAGUCGCAGAUCUGGAAGUUCCUCCAAAUGAAAAAGAUGCUGCAAAGCAUCAAUGAUCAAAUGCGUCCACAUUUUUGUAGCAUAGAUUUUGAUCAUCCAGAUGUGAAACUCAGACCUCUGUCAUGUUUUCUGAGGCAGAAAGGUCUGACUGCUAAGGACAUAGAUAACUGGGCGGGGUUGGCUCGGACCGCCUUCUGCAAACUCAUGUCUGAGUACUCAGCCUUCGAAUGUGACGUGAACGCAGAAGCGUGGAAAACUGCUGAGAGAGAAGUCUGUUCAAUUGUAAAGGAAGAUGCCUUGGUGGACUUUGAUCCAUCCAGAGAAGUGGUGACAAUUGCCUGCAGAGCUGAUGAUAUGAAGAAAAUCCGAGCUCCUGUUGAGAACUUCAUCCUUAAGUUAAUGAGUCAGAUUGAACAAGAGACCAAAAGUAUAACUGAGAAUAUGGACAUUUCUCCUGCUUAUCAUUACAUCCUGGUCGACCAGGGUCUGCAGAAAGCUGCAUUGGACAUUACCACUGAGUUGAAGAUAUCAUACAAUGAAGGCACAGAGAAGUUGUCCAUUACAGGACUGCCUGCAGAAGUGUACAAAACCAAGUCCUGGAUCUUAGAGAUAAAGAUGAAAUUUAAACAAAAGAAUCUAAAUCUUCCUCCAGGCCUUCUGGAAUACCUCCAGACAGUGGAUCCCAUGGACAUGUCAAUAAGCCUCUUUACUUCACAAGGCAUUAGUGCUAUCUAUGGCAUUGACCCCACAGGGAUUUUCUUACUGGGAAGCUCUGACAGAGCCCUGGCUGAUGCUGAGAGUAAGAUGAAGAAAGAUUUAUCUGAGCAGAAUUUGGAUGUAAGAGAUCAGGAAGUUUUAAAGCGUCAGGAUUGGAUGGACCUGUGCAGAAACCUCUUAGACACCUACAACGUCUCCAAUAAGAAAACUGUGAUCAUAUGGAUUGACCAAGAGAGAAGAGAUAAAGUAACAGUCGUAGGUUUCACCAUUCCAGUCAAAGAGGUCAGCCUCAGUUUGCAAGAGUUUAUUGAAGACUACUCACAAGUUUGUGAGAAAGUUUGUGUUGAGUCAUGUGCUGUUGCUCAGUUCAUUGAGAGGAAAAAAGAAAAUUGGUCAAAAAUUGCCAAAGACUACAAUGUGUCCAUUAAUUUUGAUCCAGAAAGAGCAAAGAUUAACAUCAGUGGGGCUCAUCUUCAUGUCCAGAUAGUUGGAUCACAUCUUAAGGAGUUGGCCAAUUCUCUUAUUGCUGACACAUUAACCAUUGCAAAACCUGGAGCCAAGAAGUACUUCCAGUCCCAUGGAAGCAUAUUCCUGACUGCAGUAAUGGCAGACUUCAGCUGUGUGGUCAUGCUUCAGCAAGAUCCUAGGGAUCCAGGAUCUAUUACUCAAAUUCACCCAGUGGACAACAAUGAGGCCAGAGUUAGGGUGGUGGCAGGAGUCGACGGUGUCCCUCUUAAAUUCACCAUGAGAUUCCCACAGCAUGAAGGAGAGAGGAACAAGGGAUCUGCAGGGUCUGGAAUGUUCAACCGGUUACCACACAGUGGUCUUACGAUCAAUCAAGGUCGAGGAAACAUUUCCAGCAAGACUUGUUUCAGCAAAGACCUCAGUGGUAAAGGAGUGAUGCAGAGGUACGUCCAACGUGAAGCAGCAUUGAAGCAAAUUUUAGAUCCGUUAAAACAAACCUCAGGUACUUCAAUUCGCGGAACAUCGGUGAAGCAGCAAAAUAGAACUGGCUUAUUUUUAGACAAAGAGGAGUUUGAUCCUGCAGUGUUUCACCUGUGUGCUGAAAACCAAAGGAAUUUGAGCCUGGCCAAGAGGAAGAUCAGUGAUCUUAUUUUACACGAGCAGGUCCAGAGAACCAUCGAUGACCAGUACAUUAACCAGUUAAGUCAAGAGGACAUCAAAGAGCUGAAUUCCCUGCAGAAGGAGCUGACAGUGAGCAUCCGUCUGGAAAGAGGACAGGAAGACCAGGAGCCCAGGAUCCACCUGGAGGGUCUGACUAGAGAUGUUUUAACAGCCGAGUCAGAAAUCAGGAACAUCAUUCGCAGAUUGGAAAGAAAAGAGAAUUUCAGUAAUAAAGGCCCACUGGUGCAUGAACAAGUUGACAGCAUAUUCCAUCACCAAUUUGACUCAUAUGGGCCACCCAGCUUUGAAGAGCUUGAAGAAGCUUGUAGGAUAAAACAAAGUGUAAUGAGAAAAACAAAACGUACCACAUUCAAUGCUAACCAGGGUCUUACAAUGGAUGUUUCCUGCAACGGAUGGAAGCAGAUGGGGCUGAUGAGAAAAGACUUGAUAAUCAAUGAUGCAUCACUGCCUCAACACUGGGAAGACAUGAAGGACAGCAUUGUGAAGCAGGUUCCCCUGACUGCUGGAUCUCAGGAAUACAAUGAUGUGGUAGCAGAACUCACCAAAAAUGGACUUUAUUUGAACAUCAGAAAAAUCGAACGGAUCCAAAACACGACUCUCUGGCAAAGCUACCUGCUCCAGAAGAAACAGAUGGAGGUGAAGAACAAGCACACCAACAAUGAAAAGCUGUUGUAUUAUGGCACUGGGGCCGAUUCCAUUGACCUGAUCAACUCUAAGGGCUUCAACAGGAGCUACACAAGACAAAAUGUUAAAAGCCAUUGCACUGGAUACUCUACGAUACAAGGUGCCAUGUAUCACGGCACCAGGGCAGAUUCCAUUGACAUGAUCAACUCUAGGAGCUUCAAUUAUGCAGUUAUGGACAACAGCUAUUUAGGACAGCAUGGUGCCAUGUAUGGUAAUGGCUCUUACUUUACUGUUGAUCCUGCAUAUUCAGCCAGAAGUUUUGCUCAACCAGACACUCAGGGUCAUAAACGGAUGUACCAGGCCAGGGUUCUCGUUGGAGACUACACUCAAGGAAGAUCUGGCAUGAUCGCACCCCCAGCCAAAACUGGCCCCAGUGCAGACCUUUAUGACAGUGUAACUGACAGUUUGAUUCAUCCUUCAAUGUUUAUUAUUUUCUAUGACACUCAGGCAUAUCCAGAAUAUCUGAUCACAUUCAGAUAAGAG